GAAGAAGUGAACGCCAUAGCAGCAGACUGCAACUGUAUGACGUCAGUGUGAGUGUUCUUUGAGAAGUGUUCAUACCGUGCGUGGGCAUUCAAACACGAGUGCUGUUUAUAGAAACUAUGACGUGUAACGUUGAAUAUUUUGUUAAAUAGCAAAACGCACAUCUGUUCCUUCACAUUAUUUUACAGUUGAAGAGGCUAGUUCAUCCAAAAGUAGGACUAACAAACACUAACAAAUUCUGUGUGCAAAAAUGGAGAUUGUUAAAGAAGACAGUGAAGACAUGAGCGAUUCAGACCCAUGCAAAUUGAAAAAUGAAGAUACCGAGGAACAAACAGACCUGGUGGGGCUGAAAGAUGAAAGUGAUGAACUGAAGGGACUGGAGGAGACACAUCAGUAUCAGAAAGAUCAUAAUUUCAAAAUGGAAGAAAUAUCUUCUGAUUGCUCGCAGAUGACAAAGACAGAGCAAAGGACGAAAGCAAGAACAUCUUUUACUUGCCCUCAUUGUGAAGAUGUUUUUGCAUUGAAAAGUGACUUUGAUUUGCAUGUAAGAAUCCAUAAUGGAGAAAAGAUGUUCACAUGCCCUCAGUGUGAAGAGGGAUUUGCUUUGAAAACAGACUUUGAGCUGCACAUAAGAGUCCACACUGGAGAAAAGAUUUUCACCUGCCCUCAGUGUGGAGAACAUUUCUUGUACAAAGGACAUCUCGCGCGUCACAUAAGAACUCACAUUAAAGGAGGACGCCUACACCCAUGUCUUCAGUGUGGAAAGAGAUUCAAACAGAGAAGUCUGCUUAAUGACCACGUGAAAAUUCACUCUGAAGAGCGCCCGUACACGUGUGUUCAGUGUGGAAAGAGCUUCAAACAGAGGGGACCGCUUCAUGUCCACAUGAAAAUUCAUUCCGAAGAGCGCCCGUACACGUGUGUUCAGUGUGGAAAAGGUUUUAAACAGAGGGGGCCGCUUCAUGUACACAUGAAAAUUCACUCCGAAGAGCGUCCGUACACGUGUGUUCAGUGUGGAAAGAGUUUUAAACUGAGUAGGAUGCUUAAAAACCACAGGAAAAUUCACUCUGAAGAGCGGCCGUACACGUGUGUUCAGUGUGGAAAGAGCUUCAAGCAGAGUGGUCCGCUUCAUGUCCACAUGAAAAUUCACUCAGGAAAGCGCCCAUUCCCGUGUCCUCAGUGUGGAAAGAGUUUUAUACAAAGUGAUGCACUUAAAAACCACAUGAGAGUUCACACUGGAGAGCGCCCGUUCCCAUGUCCUCAGUGUGGAAAGAGUUUCAGACAGAGUGGUGCGCUCAGUGAACACAUAAGAAUUCAUUCUGGAGAGCGGCCGUACGCGUGUGUUGAAUGUGGAAAGACUUUUAGACGGAGAAAUAUGCUGAAUGACCACAUUAAAAUUCACACUGGAGAGUGCCCGCACACGUGUGUUCAGUGUGGAAAGAGUUUUCGUGAGAAUGGUGCGCUCAAUGAACACAUGAAAAUUCACUCUGAAGAGCGCCCGUACACGUGUGUUCAGUGUGGAAGGAGUUUUAGACGGAGAAAUAUGCUGAAUGACCACAUAAAAAUUCACUCUGAAGAGCGCUCGUACACGUGUCCUCAGUGUGGAAAGAGUUUUAAACAGAGCAGUAUGCUUAAUGACCACGUGAAAAUUCACUCUGAAGAGCGCCCGUACACGUGUGUUCAGUGUGGAAAGAGCUUUAAACAGAGGGGACCGCUUCAUGUCCACAUGAAAAUUCACUCUGAAGAGCGUCCGUACCCGUGUCUUCAGUGUGGAAAGAGUUUUAAACACGGUGAUGCACUUAAAAACCACAUGAGAAUUCACACCGGAGAGCGGCCAUACCCCUGUCCUCAGUGUGGAAAGAGCUUUCGAAGGAGUAGUGCGCUUAUCGUACACAUGAGAAUUCACACUGGAGAGCGUCCGUACACGUGUCCUCAUUGUGGAAACGGUUUUAGACAAAGUGGUGCGCUUAAUGAACACAUGAAAAUUCACUCCGGAGAGCACACAUGUGUUUAAUGUGGAAAGAGUUUUAGAAAGAAGAUUUAUGACCCCAUGAGAAUUCACACUAGAGGGUGUCCAUACCAUGUGUUCAAUGUGGGAAACGUUUCGCAAACCAAAGUGAUUUUUGGAUCCACAUGAGAAUUCACACUUGAGAGCAACCAUACACAUCUGAUCGAAAAAGAAAGAAGGCAUGAUAACAAAAAACAUUCAAAAAGAUUGUGCCUUUAGGAAGAACUUUUAUUGGAUGAAAAGGUUUACUGAAAGAAAAUAAACAUUGGAGGAGCCAAAGACCUUUUUCCUUUCACUGCGAAUUCAUUGGAUGUGUAAAAACAGCUGAUGCAUUGAUUUUGAAACGAAAUUGGCAGCAGAUUGACAGUUAAAGUGGAGUCAACGAAUGCUAUGACCAAGCCGUCUAAUUUACGUCAGUUGAUAUGGAUAUUGAGUAGGUACAUGAAUUUUAAAAGAAAACGAUAAGCUAUUUACCUUAAACGCUGCAAUAUUUCAUGAAAAAAUAAGAAUUGUCAUUAUUUAUUUUACUGGGACUUUAACUGUUUACGGACGCCGUGCCACUUGGCGGCCAUGUUUUUAAUGGCUCUGUGCAGUUAGUAGCGAGUCAACAGUCCUUGCAUGAGGGAAGGCAGAUAUUUUUUGGCUGGGUGGCACAAAUCACAAUUAAACCGCAUCAAUCAAUAAUUAAACCUGUAAUGAACUGUACCAUUACUUGGAUUUGAUGAGCUUAGAUUGCGCUACAAAUCACCUUUUUCGAGAUGGCUUCAUCUACUGGCAAGCGCCUCACGAGAGCCCCGCCCCAGAAAAUGGACAUUCAAUACUGAUUGACGAUUGGCUCGUUUCACUGGGAGGUGGGACUUCCUUCACUAGAGUGGCCACAUUGAGCGUUGCAUUCCUCCCGAUUCCUUGUAAUGGCAAAUCUUGUUAAUAUUAAUAUCUUUGACGAUAAUGGAGCACAAGAUGACAUAAACGAUCUGCUGAUGGAAAUAGUCAACUGCACUAAUACAGUAUUACUAUAGAAAAUGCUGUAAUAUACUAUAUAACACUCAUCUCUUGCAUAUCACCUCGUCAAAGCACAAGAUGUUACUAUGGCCUUAGUUUGCCUGUGGCCUACAGCAGCAACCUGUCCUCGACUGCUAUGUCGGAAGCAAGACACGCCCCCUCAUUACCAUAUGGACACAGAAAUGUCGAAAUAAAUAAAAGUCAAAAGGCUGAAAUAAAUGUAUAUUAACAUAAAUGCAUAAAAUAAAUACAAAUAUGUACAAAUAAAUAAAUUAACAAAUUUCAUUCAUUGUUAUAUUUUUAGAAAAUUAAUUUCUGUAAGUAUUUAUUUAUUUUAGCUGUUUUAGAUAACUUAAUGCAUAACUUUUUUUUAUUAAUUUAUUUUAAAUUUUGGCAGGAUUGGAAUUCCCUAUCAUAAACCGAAAACAAAGUUACUUAAUAAAUAAGCCUUUCCAUGCCAUUCAUACCAGAACUACUUCUAUCUUUGAAUUCCCACUUGGAACGUUUUUCAAUGUGACCCUGCUUGUGAAAUCCAAGCAAAUGAUAAUUCAUUAGGUUAUGAUACUUUAGCCUGGGUUUUCACAGGAUCACAAAUGUUUACAUGCUGAUCAAUAAUUCCAAUGCUUUCCUGUAGCUCAGUGGUAAGAGCAAGGUUGUGGGUUCGAUCCCAGGGGAUUGCAAAUACCUAUGUAAAAUGUAUAGGAUAAAAGCAAUGUAAGUCGCUUUGGAUAAAAGUGUCUGCCAAAUGUCUAAAUGUAAAAUGUAAAUGUAACGCUAAAUGUAGAUAAAAACGUUAAGCUUCAUAAAAUAUCACAGAUCUGGUUAAAGGUUGGAGACUUACUAAGUCCAGUUUUUAAGAGUCUAAAAGUGGAGCCCCUGGAUCAGUCCUCAGACAAUGUUUGCAAAUAUUGUUAAAGUGAAUGUUCUCUGUCUUUGUCAGAAUGCAUAAUUUACAUUUCCUUAUGGGGAAAUUAUGCAGAUGGUAAGGCUUUCUUAAAUAAAAGUCUUCUUUA